AGCCAAAUAACUGGUACAUAUUGUGAAGUCUUUAUGUAACUAUACCGGAAGUUGUUUUAAUGAUCAUUUUAUCUAACUUCACAUCGGUACUCUGUUGCAGUAACGAAGUCCAUUCUUGCAGAAUUCUAGGAGGUCAUCUGGCUGAUCAUGAAUAAUUUCUGUCGUUUCGAAAGUUAUUACAUAAUUAAUAGCUUUUGAAAUGGGUAAAAAGGAUAGAGAUCGGGAGAAGAAGUCCAAAAAGCGUUUCUAUGAGGAGGAAGAUGAUGAUGAAGAAGUUUUGGGCACUGAGUCUCAGCAGGCCAUACCUGCAUCUGCAGGAAAACAAGUGGAUGAGUCCAGUACAAAACUGGAUGAGUAUGGAGCCAAAGACUACCGUGUUCAGAUGCAGCUAAAGAAUGAUCACUCUUCACGUCCCCUCUGGGUGGCUCCAGAUGGACACAUUUUUCUGGAAGCCUUCUCACCUGUGUAUAAGUACGCCCAGGACUUCUUGGUGGCCAUUGCAGAACCAGUGUGCAGGCCUAACCACAUCCAUGAGUAUAAGUUGACAGCUUAUUCCCUGUAUGCAGCUGUCAGUGUGGGGCUGCAGACCUCUGAUAUUGUAGAGUACCUGCAGAAACUCAGCAAGACAUCUGUACCUGAUGGAAUCAUUCAGUUCAUUAAGCUCUGCACAGUGAGCUAUGGUAAAGUCAAGCUGGUGCUUAAGCACAAUAGGUAUUUUGUUGAGAGUGCCUUCCCUGAUGUGAUCCAGCGCCUUCUGCAAGACAGCGUGAUCCGUGAAUGUCGUCUUCGUUCUGCAGAUGGAACAGAUACUGAGCUUAUUACUGAAGUCAUCCAAAGCAAGUCAGCGAUCUCCAAGUCUGUUCAGGAAAAGGGAGGUACUUCCACCUCACAGCAGCCCGGCGAUGGACAAGUUUCAACCCAGCAGAUCCCUGAGGACAUCUAUACCUACUAUGAGCAGAUGGAUAAAGAUGAGGAUGAAGAGGAGGAGACUCAGACUGUCUCUUUUGAGAUUCGCCAGGAGAUGAUUGAAGAACUGCAAAAGCGUUGUAUUCAGCUGGAGUACCCCCUCCUCGCAGAAUAUGACUUUCGUAAUGAUACAGUCAACCCAGACAUCAAUAUAGACCUGAAACCCACUGCUGUGCUGCGGCCCUACCAGGAAAAGAGUCUGCGCAAGAUGUUUGGGAAUGGACGCGCUCGCUCCGGGGUCAUUGUGCUGCCCUGCGGAGCCGGCAAAUCUCUGGUGGGUGUGACGGCAGCAUGCACGGUGCGUAAACGCUGCCUAAUCUUGGGUAACUCCUCUGUGUCAGUGGAGCAGUGGAAGGCCCAGUUCAAGAUGUGGUCCACCAUCGAUGACUCUCAGAUCUGCCGUUUCACAUCCGAUGCCAAGGACAAGCCCAUCGGAUGCUCAGUAGCCAUCAGCACUUACUCCAUGCUGGGUCAUACCACCAAGCGCUCGUGGGAGGCUGAGAGGGUCAUGGAAUGGAUGCGCAGUCAGGAGUGGGGACUCAUGAUUCUGGAUGAGGUGCACACUAUUCCUGCCAAGAUGUUUCGUCGUGUUCUGACCAUUGUGCAGGCACACUGCAAACUCGGGCUCACUGCAACACUGGUCAGGGAAGAUGACAAGAUUGUUGACCUCAACUUCUUAAUUGGGCCUAAGUUAUAUGAGGCCAACUGGAUGGAACUGCAGAACAAUGGUUACAUUGCCAAAGUCCAGUGUGCAGAGGUGUGGUGCCCUAUGUCUCCAGAGUUUUACAGAGAGUAUGUGGCCAUCAAGACAAAGAAACGCAUCCUGCUUUAUACCAUGAACCCCACUAAGUUCCGUGCUUGCCAGUUUCUCAUUCGAUUCCAUGAGCGGCGCAAUGACAAGAUCAUUGUCUUUGCUGACAAUGUGUUUGCGUUGAAGGAAUACGCCAUUCGCCUCAACAAGCCUUACAUCUAUGGUCCAACCUCUCAGGGGGAGCGCAUGCAGAUUUUACAGAACUUCAAACACAACCCCAAGAUCAACACAAUUUUCAUCUCCAAGGUUGGAGACACCUCAUUUGACUUGCCAGAAGCCAAUGUUCUUAUCCAGAUCUCCUCUCAUGGUGGAUCCCGCAGACAAGAGGCCCAGAGGCUUGGCAGAGUCUUACGAGCCAAGAAAGGAAUGGUAGCAGAGGAGUACAAUGCAUAUUUCUAUUCACUGGUGUCCCAGGAUACCCAGGAAAUGGCUUACUCCACUAAGAGGCAGAGGUUCCUGGUAGACCAGGGAUACAGCUUUAAGGUGAUAACAAAGUUGGCUGGCAUGGACCAAGAGGACUUAAUGUUCUCCACCAGAGAUGAGCAACAGCAGUUGCUUCAGAAGGUCUUAGCUGCUUCUGAUCUGGAUGCUGAGGAGGAAGUGGUUGCAGGGGAGGUGGGCCCGCGACAGUUCUCAAGGCGAACAGGCACAAUGAGCUCCAUGUCAGGUGCCGAUGACACUGUCUACAUGGAAUAUCAAAGCCGAAGCAGCAAGGCCUCUGCAGCAAGCAAGAGCAUUCAUCCACUGUUCAAGCGCUUCAGAAAGUAGAUACACUGAGUUAGCGCUUGACACCUGAAGACUGGUUCAGUUGCGGUAGGACAAAGUUGAGGAACCAUAAUGUACUCAGGAGCAAAGUACUACCAGCAGCAGAUUCAGAUAAUCCAUCCAGUUUGAAGAACAGAGCAAUGACUGAAGAUAGUCUGAAACUGAAUUUUAUCUGAAGCUAAUGAUGAUAUACUGUAGCCUACAUUGUCUUGUCCUGAUUGCUGCUGGUGAUGACGCUCAAAUUGACCCGUUUGCCUGGUGCGUCCACGGGGCUCAGCUGCUCUGAGUUUUAACUCUAGCUUCCUCAUACACCUACACCUACACCUACACGUAUGACAUUUGCAGAUGAAAUGCAUUGUAAACCUUAUCUCCAGUGUCAUUUACUGUUGUGUGCUCAUCACAACUUUGUCUUCAACUGUUAUUUUAUUUCUGUGUUGUGUUACAGUGAUGUGGCCAGCCAAUCACAGCUCAUUCUGAGGUAAAAAUGGACAUUGUUUAUGAAAUUCAAGCUGAAUUCAGCAACACUUGAAGGCUUUGACAUGCUGUUUGCCAUCCAUUUCAGCCACAAAUGUCUGUAUGUAGGAUGAGAGGGGAUAGUUACUGGACUAUGACAGAUAGGCGAUGUUAACCAUAGUCAACGUUUGUCUUAGCUACUGUUAGUGGGCGCUUCACUGAGAUCUAGGUAGGAGGAAAAAUCAGUCAUAUAUAAAUAUUGGAUUUUUGUCAAUACAGUUGUUUGUAAAUGUGGUUAUAUUUUACAAAUGAAAACACCACACAUGAAGCUGCCAUAAUUAAUGGACAUUACCCUGUUUUGAUAGUAUCACUGAGGUUAAUUUUCACUAAUAUAUUUUGUCCUGGAAUUUCCCUUUUUUAAAGUUUACAUUUGGUAUAUUUUUGAACAGUUAAAAAGUGUCAAGAAAAAAUAAACUUAAUUUCCUAAAAAAAGAUGAUAAAGAAUGAAAACCCUUGAACUAUUUUAAGCCAUAAUUAAAAACCUAUUUACAUUAGUAACAACAGGAGACUAAAUGUUGUUCUAAGAAAAAUAACAAUUAAAAUGUCUGUUAUAAAACAGUUUAUGAUGUGUGAAACCUUUAUUUUAUGUCUAAGUAAAAACUAGCAUUUCUACAGAUUUCAGUAUACUUAAAUGCUCAGACCAUACAUGCUCUUUGCGACAGUGCCACUGCAAAUGAUUAAAUUUAAAGCAUUUUUAAUCAUUAAAUCGGACUAAACAUGUUUUGCACAAUCGCAUGCGCACCUCACAGUGUUAUACAUUUGAAUCCAAAAAAUUGUGUUCAGUUAAUAAAAUUGUUAUUGAUAGGAUUUUUAGUUUCUGGCAUUUUGGGGUGUUGCUUUCAUUGCAUGCUUGGAUAUACUGUAUGUACAUAAAGUAAGGACAAGAGGAGGAAUCGGGAACAUGUUGCAGACAGUUUUCAGCGAGAGGAAAUGUAAGAAGAAAAGGGGAGGUAGGAGGAAAAGGUGUGAGAUGGGUAUAAAUGCAGAGAAGGGGGAUGUCAAUUGGAUAGCUUUGUUGUUUUAUAAUAAUACAUUCAUAGUGCUCCUGGUAUUCAGACUUUCAAAUUAAAACAGUUUCCUGUGGACCAGCCAGCAGGAGGGACACUACUACUGUCUGUAUGCUUCAUUACACUUACUGUAUAACUAACUGUAGUUUUACUCUUAAGAGCUGGACUGUGCUGCAUGAGGCUGUACAAACAGACAAACUCUCAGAGGGAUCUUAUCUGAAGUUUCAGAAAGUGUUGACAGCUAAGCCAACUGGUUUUGGCUGUUACCCUACAGUAAGGGAGGAUAAGCCAGUGAGCAAUGAUGUCCAUAUGGAUGAUAGUCAAAAUAGAGCUUGUGCUGUGUUUGGUAUAUAGUUUUUUAAGGUCCUUGUUUCAUACAUAACACUGACACACAGUUCAUU